AUGAUUAGGAAGAUGACCUAUAGACUGGGAAGACACAUGUCUGUUGUGGCAAGUAGGACCAUCCAGGUGAGAAGAUUUCUGCAUGGUGCUUAUUUCAGAAUUCAGCCCUCCGUACAGGAAGCACUGAUGGAGGGGAGACCAAUUGUAGCCUUGGAAAGCACCAUCAUUACCCACGGCAUGGCCUAUCCUCACAAUCUGAGCAUGGCCAGAGAGGUGGAAGAAAUUGUCACAAGAAAUGGGGCAGUGCCGGCCACUGUGGGCAUUGUAAGGGGCAGAAUCCACAUUGGCCUCACGGAUGAGGAACUUCAGUUCUUGGCAGGCAGUAAAAAUGUAGUUAAAGUGUCCCGGAGAGAUCUUCCUUACAUCCUCAGCCAGGGCUUGUCUGGUGGCACUACAGUGUCUGGAACAAUGAUUGCAGCGCACAAAGCAGGAAUCCCCCUGUUUGUGACUGGAGGCAUUGGAGGGGUCCAUCGUGGAGGACAGGACACUCUGGAUGUGAGUGCUGACUUGACGGAGCUAGGACGGACUCCGGUUGCUGUUGUAUCUGCAGGAGUCAAGUCGAUCGUGGAUAUUGGCAGGACCCUGGAAUAUCUGGAGACGCAGGGAGUCUGCGUAGCUGCCUUUGGAGAGUCAAGGGAGUUUCCAGCCUUCUUCUCACGCCAAAGUGGCUUCCAGGCUCCAUAUCGCGUCCGUAAUGAGGAGGAGGCAGCCGAACUCAUCGCCAGCGCUCUGGGGCUGGGCCUGAGCAGCGGGGUGCUCAUAGCAGUGCCCUGUCCCCAGGAGCGAGCUGCCUCGGGCCGCGCCGUCGAAGAGGCCAUCCAGCAAGCACUGCACGAGGCCAGGUUGAAAGGGAUCACAGGCAAAGAAGUGACUCCUUUCCUGUUACAGAAGAUCAGUGACCUGACCGAUGGAGAAUCGCUGGCCUCCAACAUCGCCCUGAUCCAGAACAACGCCAGAGUGGGCAGCUGCAUUGCAGUGGCCCUCAGCAAACUACAGAAAGCCACGAGGAAGAAGAGGCUGCCUCGGAGAGAGGACGUGAUUCCACCUCAGCCAGUGGUGAUCGGAGGCAUCAACGUUGACUUUAUAGCCAAGGCGCAGAACUCUGUCAUCCUGGGCGGUGGGCAAACAAAUGCUGGAAGAGUGCGGAGAUCUUUUGGCGGCGUGGGAAGAAACCUGGCAGACUGCUUAAGUCGCCUUGGGCUGACUCCUCUCUUCUUAUCAGCUGUGGGAAAAGAUGAACAUUCAGAGUCCGUUCUACACUACUGUCACCACAUGGACAUGAGAGCUGUCCUUCAGCUGGAGGGGAAGAACACAGCCACUUACUGUGCUGUGAUCACCAGUGCUGGAGAGCUCAGCGUUGGCUUGGGAGACAUGGACAUCCACGGGGAGAUAACAGAGCAAUACGUGUCCAAAUUCAAGGAGAGCCUGCUCCGGGCCCCGCUGGUGUGCGUUGAUGGGAACGUGCCUCUUGCCACUCUUCAGUAUGUCUGUGAGCUGGCCAGGGAGCACGGGCUGGCAGUGUGCUAUGAGCCAACGGAUGAGAACAAGGCCUCCAAGCCAUUCCUCUCAGACAGCUGGAAAGCGCUCACGUUCAUCUCCCCCAACCUGCAGGAACUCAGAGCAAUAAAUCAGACCCUCGGGAACCCUCUGCCAGCAGAGGUGCCAUCCACGCUGGAAGAUGUGGUCAAGACUGCCAUGGCGUUGGCCAGGCCUUUGCUGACGCAGCUGCGCUGUGUGCUGGUGACACUUGGCACUCACGGAGUCCUCUUGUGUGGCAAGAGCCUGGGGGGGAGCGUCCUGCUCUGGCCCGGGGCUCAUGAUCAGAGUGCUGCUACCAGCCUGUGUGCUGCUCACUAUCCCACCAUCCCCAUCAAAAGGGAGGAGAUAGUUAAUGUCUCAGGAGCUGGUGACAGUUUAAUGGCAGGAAUCAUUGCAGGGAUGCUUGCUAACCAUGACACAGAUACCUGCGUCCGGAUGGGUCUUCUUGCUGCAAACUUGUCUCUCCGUUCCUAUGAGCCCAUUUCCCCAGAAAUCAGCACUCGCAGUGUCAGCUUGGAUCAAGUCAAGGGCAGGAGCUGGCCAGAGGUGAAGAUAUGGGAGAUGAACUAAAUUUUCUGCACCAUGGCUUUCUCAUGCACUACCUUAUCCUUCCUAACAC